GUGUAAACAUCCGGAGGUAAUUUGGCUGUGUAGGCGUGUAUGGAAACGGAAAAUAUAAUCGAGAAGUGGAGAUGGCGGUGGUAAAUCAGUUGCGCCAUUGACUCCCUAUUUACAACCACUUCUCUUCUAAGAGGCCUCGGAAAUAGCCGUAACAAAAUGGCAUCAGAAGCAGAAGAACGACAGCGACUUUUGCGAGCAGUCAAAAAAGAGGUGAGAAGUUUUUUCUUUGUCAAAAUAAAAAUAUACAUCGAAUAUAAAAUGGCCGUGAUCGACAUUUCGUGAUGCGAUGCACAUAAUUUAUUUAGCAUGAUUUAUGCCGAAUAACCCAACAUUGAAGCAAAGCCAGGAUCUGAGAUUGGAUACGAUUUGAAAAACUAUGUUGAUGAUGCAUCAAUGUUAAAAUACAACAAUUUUUUUUUCCAGUUUCCCCUGCCUUUUUUAUGUCGAGUUGAGAAUUUGAAAAUGAAAUUAAAGGACCUUAAAUUAACUUGCCUUCCUUAAAGUUAAGUUUAAGACUAAAGCUCUUACUCUUAGGCCUCCGCUUAGGAAGCUGAGGCUAAUUUCUUAAAAAAAUUUCUUUUAAUUUAGAGUUACAAAUCAGAAAUAAUCAACAAUAAAAAUAGGCUUGUGCAAUAGAAUAGUAUAAAUAUUAUUAAUUAUUAGUCUAGUUCUAGUCCUAUUUAUAAAAAAAAAACAACCAAUAUAAUUAUAUAGAAUAUAGGUCAAGCUAUAAUUAAUACUAAUAAUAAUAUUAAUAAAUACUAAUAGUUAGGUUAAAGUUUAUUGUCCAAAUGAUCUAGUAGUAGCUUAUAACUUAGUUCCUACAAAACUGCCAUAAUCAAAAUAGAUUUUGAAAUGGCCUAUUCAAUUAAUUAUUUACACUCAUUUUCACAUAGCCUAAUAAUAAUAGUUGUUAUUGUGGUCUGAGCAGUAAAUAAAUGUAGGUCUUGGAAUUGAAAGUCAUAGCCUGGCCUAUUCAUUACUCAAAUCAGUUACAUUUUAAUUUUUGCAGAUUUGCCUUUUAUAUCAAAUCAUUUAUUACAUUUACUGUACAUGCCCAGUCAUGAAUUUGUUUGUUAAAAGAGACGAUUAUUUGUAAGGUGCAAAAACAGACAUUUCAAGAUCGUUCGUGACUGUAAAACAAAUAAAUGAUAAUUAAAUGAUAAGAAUUAGAGAUGUUCUUGAAAUUAUGAAUUGCAGUGGGGGCUCUUAUCAAUUUUAAUAGGCCUACAAAUGUCAGUAAAUGAAAAUUUGAACAUUUUAAGGCUUAAACUUUGAAGAAAUCAUAGCAACUUUUCCUUGGAGGCAUAGCUAGACAUUAUACUUCAUGAUUUUCUUAAUGGCUAGUUUAAUCUAAAGGUAUUAUUAUUAGCUCAAAGACAUCCUUUUAAUUCAUUGAAAAUGAAGUAAAGAAAUUAAUACUGCAAUUAAUUGAUGCUUUCCUAGUAUUUUUUCCCCCCUUACGUACAGUACAGUUGAUAAAAAAAGGGCAAGUAAAAAAUGUUAACAACCAUGAUUUUCUUAAAGAAAUAAUUGUAAUAAAAAAGUUACAGAUAUGUAUUCUGCAAUCAAUAUCAAUAAACAAGGUUUGGGUAACUGGAGAUAACUUUUUUCAGAUUUUAUUUAAUAUAUUACAAUAAUCAUAAGAUGAGUGGUUAGGUCAAGAGCUGGUGCAAACCUUUGCGUAUUGGAAUAAUUAUAUGCAUAAAUACAAAAUUUUAAAAAUAACUUACUUCGUCAGUUCUAGAAAUAGAUGAGCUUUCAACUAUAUUAUGUUGAUCUGACCUUAGUGGGAGAUCCAUUUGGAAUAUUAACUUUUAUAAUGCAUAGUUACAAAAAUGAUAUCAGAUAUCAAUUAAAAAUUGGGUAUCUAAAACAGAUAUUUGGUUAGCAUAAGGGUUACUUAAGAGGGGUGGUGAAUAAUCUAAGAAACAUUAUUUUUAUAGUGAGUUUAGAACCAGAUAAACAAAAUUUUAGUCACUAUAUUUUCAACUUUUUUGUUUAAUUUUUAGGUGAAGCAGAUCAUGGAAGAGGCUGUCACUCGAAAGUUUGUCCAUGAAGAAAGUAGCAGUAUCACAUCUCUUUGUGGUAAGUGUUGAUACAAAUUUGUUCAUUAUAUUUAAAAUUUAAAAAAAAUGGAUCUACCUCCUUAAAAUUAAUCACUAAAAUGACAUUUAUUGUGCUCAAUACUUUUUAUCUAUCUAGCUGCUGUAGAAGCCUGUCUGUUGCACUGCCUCAAGAAACGUGCCCUUGGAUUGUUCAAAUAUGGCUCAACCAUGGCGCUAUUGCAGAAAGUCUCAAAAACAUUUGAGCCUGCUGCAGAAGUUUCCAGGCUUGUUUCCGACCUCGAGACUCCCAGCUCCACUGAGCUGUCUGGUUCAAGGUAAGUUUUGUCUAUUUUUUCUUAAAGUUAUAAAAAAUCUUAAAUUUUAGCUGGUGGUUUGAUUAUAAACCAAUGCUUACCAUUCUCUAUCUGUUGACUUGCUGAGAAUUUAAAAAAAAUAUUUUUAUUUUAAUCUUGAUAGGCUGCAUGACUAGUUUAUUUACCAUUUAGUAACUUAUUUUGUAAUAUCCAAAAUUAUUUUUUUAUUUAAAUUGAAGUAAAUUUAUCUUGAGGCUGAAAAUAAAUGCUGAAUCAGUUUAUGCAAAUCGCUGAUUUCUUGUUUCCACAGAAAAUCUCUUGAUAACAAUAAAAAUCAAACAAAAAAAUCAAGCUCAAAUGUUUCGAGUCCUAAAUACCUAUGGCUUCGUGUGGCUAUAUUUGAAAAAAAACUUGCUAAAAUCCUGGACUACUUGGUUCAGCACAACAGGUAAUCUCAUGGCUACUUUCUUGACUCUAGAGUAGAUUUGAGCUGCUUUGAGAAAGAUUUUGUAUUAAGAAUAGAGACCAGCUGCUACUGUGAGAAAGACUUCGUAUUAAGAAUAGAGACCAGCUGCUACUGUGAGAAAGACUUUGUAUUUAGAAUAGAGAUUGGCUGCUAUUGUGAAAGAAAGACUUUGUAUAUGUGACAGCUGAUUAUAUUCCUUGUUUCAUUAUUGUUGAAUAAUAUAAAAAAAAUGGAAAUUGUUGUUUCAGUUGUUCUUACAGUGCUAACCAAGUAGAUCCAAGAUCUAUUAAGCUUUAUUUCUGGUUUUCUUAACAGUAAAUAUUAUGAGCCAGAAGCCCUUAUAGCAGAUCCUGUGGAUGGGCCAAUCUUUGCCUCUUUGUUGGGUAAGUUUGCAUGUUAUAGACCAUAUCAUGUUAUGUUAAUUUGCAAGUUGUAGGAAAACUGCUCAUUUAAGUGAAGACAAUUAAUCAAGACAUAUAUCAUCAACCCCCCCCCCCUUUCAUUUCAAUGACAAUCUCAAUUUUCUCACAACAUCUGAAAUCUUUAAAAGUUUUCUUCUGACCAUAAGUGGCUAUGACAUUUAAUUAGAAACUUUUUUUUGGUUAUGUUUUUGAAAGUUAUUACUAAUAAUGUUUGCCUUUACGUCAUUAUAAACUUCUUGCCAUUACCAAUUUAAGAAAAAGUAAAUAAAUCCCUCUUAUUUGCUGAUAAGGUUUUGUCUUGCACUUACAUUUUUGUCAAAACAAAGGUCUUUUAUACCAAAUGGCUAGCUGUAUAAGAGUACAAUAUCAUCUGAGCAAUGUGAUUCUGGUGUAUGGGUGAAUAUUUUAGACUGGAGGAUGGUGUCAUAAAAUCAGAGUUUAUCAACUUUAAUAUUAUGUCAUGCUUGGUACUAACGUGGCAUCAUUCAGUUGUCAUAUACUUAAUAAACAGUUUAAACACCAGUUUUACUGCCAUAAACCUAUUUUGGACUGAUUUAUUGGAUUUUUGAUACCAUAAAAUGCCAACCCGUUAUAAAUAAUUAAUUAGCAUCAACCAAUAUGGAGAGGUGGACAAAUUGACUUUAUUUGUAUGAAUCAUAGUGGGUCCCUGUGUGUCUGCAUAUGAACCUUUUGUUUGUAUGAAUCAUAGUGGGUCCCUGUGUGUCUGCAUAUGAACCUUUUGUUUGUGUGAAUCAUUAGUGGGUCCCUGUGUGUCAGCAUAUGAACCUUUUGUUUGUAUGAAUCAUAGUGGGUCCCUGUGUGUCUGCAUAUGAACCUUUUUUUUGUAUGAAUCAUUAGUGGGUCCCUGUGUGUCAGCAUAUGAACCUUUUGUUUGUAUGAAUCAUUAGUGGGUCCCUGUGUGUCUGCAUAUGAACCUUUUGUUUGUAUGAAUCAUAGCGGGUCCCUGUGUGUCUGCAUAUGAACCUUUUGUUUGUAUGAAUCAUAGUGGGUCCCUGUGUGUCUGCAUAUGAACCUUUUGUUUGUAUGAAUCAUUAGUGGGUCCCUGUGUGUCAGCAUAUGAACCUUUUGUUUGUAUGAAUGUUUGUAUGAAUCAUUGCGGGUCCCUGUGUGUCUGCAUAUGAACCUUUUGUUUUUAUGAAUCAUAGUGGGUCCCUGUGUGUCUGCAUAUGAACCUUUUGUUUGUAUGAAUCAUUAGUGGGUCCCUGUGUGUCAGCAUAUGAACCUUUUGUUUGUAUGAAUCAUUAGUGGGUCCCUGUGUGUCUGCAUAUGAACCUUUUGUUUGUUUGAAUCAUAGUGGGUCCCUGUGUGUCUGCAUAUGGACCUUUUUUUGUAUGAAUCAUAGUGGGUCCCUGUGUGUCUGCAUAUGAACCUUUUGUUUGUAUGAAUCAUAGUGGGUCCCUGUGUGUCUGCAUAUGAACCUUUUGUUUGUAUCAAUCAUAGUGGGUCCCUGUGCACUUGAUUACACAAAGAUGAAGACUUCUGACCACUUCUGGACUGACCCACCUGCGGAUGAACUUGUUCAGAGACACCGCAUUCAUUCCAGUGGAAGCCAUGUGUUUACCUCGCCUGGAUCUCCCAAACGCCAAGGAUUGCAGGUACUUUUCAUAGUCAUUCAUCAUAUUUUUUUUUUUAUUAUCUAGCUUUUUUUUAAUACAUCAUUAGUCAGAUUAGUUUUCAAUUACAGUGAUUCUUAAAAUUGUGUCCAGGGCUGUUACAACAAUGCAACACUUAUUUUAGUUAGUUUCACAAAAUAUGUACUUAAAUUUAAAUCAGAGCCCCAUCAUCUUAUUGAUGGUAAGCACAGAUUAGAACACAAAUUUUAAAUCAAAGAAAGGAAGUUUCAUAGACUAUUAAAUUCUAAAAACCCCUGCUCUGUUACAUUCAGGAUUAAAAAUUCCAGGAUCACAGCAAUUUUCAAAAUUCAUGAAUUCCUCUAUGGUUAUUUUAAAGCUUUGAUUUUUUACCAAUAAAAAAUAUAUUGUUAUGUUUAGUUUAACUUAAAUGUUUCUAUUUAUUUUAAAAUCGAUAAAUAACUUGCUACUUUCGUUAGUCAAGAUUGUUUAGUCAUAAAAUCAUAAACUUUUUUUCUUCAGUCCCUUAAAAACAUCCGAACAGCUUAACAGUUGUGUAAGCAGUUAUGAUACUUAUGAAAUGUUUGCAUAAUUUAACAUAAAAAUACAAUUAUUGCAUGAAGUCAAAUAGUGUAACAUGAAAAUAAAAAUGAUUGCUUGAGGUCAUAUUAUUUAACAUGAAAUGAAAAUGAUUGCAUGAGGUAAAAAAAAACAACAACAUGAAAUUAAAUAAAAUGGUUGCAUGAGGUCAAAUAAUAUAACAUAAAAUUAAAAUAAUUGCACGAGGUCAAAUAAUUUAACAUGUAGUUUAAAGCAUUGCACGAGGUCAAAUAAUUUUACAUAAAAUUAAAAUUAUUGCACGAGGUGAAAUAAUUAAACAUAACAUUAAAAUCAUUGCACAAGGUCAAAUAAUCUAACAUAUAGUUUAAAUCAUUGCAAGAGGUCAAAUAAUUUAAAAUAAAAUUAAAAUGAUUGCAUGAGCUCCAAAAAUUUAACAUAAAAUUUUAAUAAAGUGGUUCCAUGAGGUCAAAUAGCUAGUCAAUUUUAGGGCAAAAAUAAACAUUUAGUUUUUACAAUGUCUGUGUCUGUGAUGUGGGAUGAACAAUUAGCCAGAAAUGUUAUUAAAUAUUCCCUAAAUUUUACACAUCAUUGAACUGUAGAGUUUUUUAAAAAAGAAUUUUAGACAAGCUAAGGGUAUUGAAGACAUUUAGCUAAUGGACAUGUUCUUUACCAAUAAGCUGAACUCACUCUUAUUAUGAUGAUGCCAGGUUCGACGGGAUGCCAGCAACGCUACUGAAGAGACCAGAGAGACCAAAACAUUUCAUAUGUCAGCCAGGGAAUAUGUGGAGUCUCUUCAUCAGAACUCUAAACUGACACUGCUUUAUGGCAAGAAUAACGUUUUGGUGCAACCUGUGAGUUGGAAUGUAUCAGCUCUGUUUCAGUCCUAAACAUCUCUAGCAAUCAUCUAUCCUGGCUGUUGAUGAAAAUAACAUGGCGAUAGUCAUAUUUCUCUUGAUAAUGUAUCAAUUAAGUAGUGACUACUUUAUUUAUAUUAAAAUAGUAUGAUCUAUCUUCUUAAUUGAUAAUAAUUAUAUAUAUUCAAUGUCCAAUACUAACAGACUAAAUCAUUCAUCAUUUUAAAAUCUCUUGCAACAAGGACAUUGGUCUUUGUGUUACAUUGAAAUUGGGUGUCUGUACCCACUAAAAAUUAUUCAAUCCACUUACCAUUAUUUAAUGAACAAGAUGCUCUCAGACAAUUAAAUAUUAUGAAAAAAAAAAGCUGAAAUCUUUUUUAUGUCAUAGCAUCUCGUCAUCAUCAUGUCCUUUCGUCCUUGGACCGUUGGGGCGCCAGAGAUGUCAUGAAAACUAUCCUUCUCCAUUCCUCUCUGUUUUCUGCACUAUGCACUACUUCUGCACUGAGAAUAGGGUAGUUUUCAUUUUCCGUUGCUGGAGAGACAUUAAGGAUCUCUGGGUCUAUCUUUAUAUUUUCAUUAUACAGCCCUGAGCAGUAUUUAGUCCAUCUUUUUAGGAUAUCAUUUUCCUCAGUCAAACAUCUACCAUUUUUGUCUUGUAUGGUAGUACUAUGCCUUGCUUUGCAGUGCUUAGCUUUUUCACCAACUGGUAUGCCUUUUUGCUAAUGUUUUUCUUCAAGCUGUUUUCAAUUUCGUAGCAUUGCUCUUCAAUCCAGUUCUUCUUUGCCCUUCUCAUACCUUUUUUGAUGGCUUGGUUAACUGUCCUAUAUUUAUUGGCCCCCUCUGUAUCUACCAUCUUUGUUUUCUUUAACUUUGUUUUCAUAGCACCUGCAGCCAACAUAAUAAAUAUUAAAAUUAGCUGGUUACUGUUUCAAGAGAAACAUGUGCAACUUCCCUUUUAUUGAUGGUCUCCUAAUAUUAGAUAAGUACACCUGAAGUGCCUUCUUGUUAAUUUGGGGCUUUUGCAAAGUUUUACGCGCAUCAGAUUUGACGUGCAUUUUUAUUCAGGGUUGUGUUCCUCAAGUUUGAAAUGAAUUAGGGGCACAGGACCCCAAAAAUUCACACGUCACGAUAUAGAAUGCUUUCUUUUUAACUUAAAUAAAAUUACUUGCAGUAGGUUGGCUCUUCUUCACCAAAAGCAAUAGAAAAGUUUGUGGUAGUCAUAUCUUAAUAGCCACAUUGAGAGAUUUUUAAUAUAAUGGUGAGAAUGAGGAGCUGAUCAAAUCUGUUCUUCAGCUGAUAUAACUUGUGCUUAAUUUUUGUGUUGCUGUGACCAGAGAGAAGACAAAGAAGCCCUGGCAGGCUACCUGUCACUGCAUCAAAGUUCAGAUGGUCUGAUCAUCAUGUGGACCCCCAACCAGCUGAUGAAUGGGUGCUGUGAGGACACAGCGGAUGAGACUGAUAGAAGGUCAGCAUCAAUAGUCAUAGCACACUGACAUGAUCAUAUGAUAGGAGGUCAGCACCAAUAGUCAUAGCACACUGACAUGAUCAUAUGAUGGGAGGUCAGCACCAAUAGUCAUAGCACACUGACAUGAUCAUAUGGUAGAAGGUCAGCACCAAUAGUCAUAAUACACGGACAUACAUGAUAGUGGGUCAGCACCAAUAGUCAAUACACUGACAUACAUGAUAGGUCAGCACCAAUAGUCAUAAUACACUGACAUACAUGAUAGUAGGUCAACACCAAUAGUCAUAUUUGUAUUUUUGUUAAAAAAUUUAUGUCAAAGAAGAGAAAAAUAUUUGAAUAGUCAUUUUGUCCCUUUUAAGGUUCAUAAUUUUUUUUCUCCAUAAUGUAAAAUAUGUGAUUAUGUUAAUAAAUAAAAAAUAACAGAAAUUUAAAGAGUCACUUUUUAAAAUUAACUUCUUUUAUUGCUCUUAUUCCAUCAAAGUAUUACAACUUCGCUUUGGUAUGAUAGUCAUGAGAUGUUUUGACAACCCCCCACCCAUGAUUGACAGGAAGAUAAUGAAGUUGAUAUUUUUAAAACAAUUAAACAAAAUAGAAAUGGAUGCAGAAAAAUAUUUUUUUAAAAACAAAUUAUUUAAAAAUCUGUUGUCUUUUUCAGCCAAUUCUGGGAGUUUGCUAUGACCAUCUACUUGGAAGAUAUAGUUUAUAUUCACUGCCACCAGCAACGUAAGAUAUUUUUACAUUCACCGCCACCAGCAACAUAAGAUAUAGUUUAUAUUCACUGCCACCAGCAACAUAAGAUAUAGUUUAUAUUCACUGCCACCAGCAACAUAAGUUAUAGUUUAUAUUGCCCACCACCAGCACCGUAAGAUAUAUUUUGCAUUCACUGCCACCAGCAAUGUAAGAUAUAGUUUACAUCACCGCCACCAGCCGCGUAAGAUAUAGUUUACUGAUGCCAUUUGUUAUUUUCCAAUCAGCUGAUUGCCGUGGAACUGUAGUCUUGGUAGGUCAAGAUGGUGUCCAGCGACCGCCAAUCCAUUUUCCUAAGGGAGGCCAUCUUUUGUCUUUUCUCUCCUGCUUGGAAAAUGGACUCCAACCAAAUGGUCAGCUAGAUCCCCCUCUUUGGUCACAGAAGGGAAAAGGUAAAAAUACGGGCAAGUGAUCACCUUUCUCCUCACCUCCCUUUCUGAUCUUCAGCUUUUAGUCACCUCACUAUAUUGGCUGCUUUAUUUCCUGGUCUGUUUUCCUUGUGCUUUGAAAAUGGUACAUAUAUAAUUUUUUAACCAAGUUAUGUCUUAAGGACAGAUGAUAAAAUGAGUUCCAAUUUAUGACUUGUGUGUGGAUCCUGGCAUGUUAAAAUAAUUUGGAUAAGAAAUAUAUUACAAUAGUGAUAUAUAUAUACAGGGUGGGCCAAUAAAAGUGAGAACAUUUCGUAGCGUAAUAUUUUACGAGAUGUUCUCACUUUUUUUGGCCCACCCUGUAUAUAUAUGGCAAGAGUGCCGCUGAGUGGUUCAUUGUUGAUGUGUUACAACAGUGAUGCCCAACUUUGGGGUCAUGGAGGACGAGGGUCUAUGUCAUGGGGGUCUAGGGAGCUAUGUCAUGUGGGUCUAGGGGUUAUGUCAUGUGGGUCUAGGGCUAUGUCAUGCGAAGACUAGGGAACUAUGUCAUGUGGGUCUAGGGCUAUGUCAUGGGAAGACUAGGGAACUAUGUCAUGUGGGUCUAGGGCUAUGUCAUGGGAAGACUAGGGAACUAUGUCAUGUGGGUCUAGGGCUAUGUCAUGGGAAGACUAGGGAACUAUGUCAUGUGGGUCUAGGGCUAUGUCAUGGGAAGACUAGGGAACUAUGUCAUGUGGGUCUAGGGCUAUGUCAUGUGGGUCUAGGGCUAUGUCAUGUGGGUCUAGGGCUAUGUCAUGGGAAGACUAGGGAAAUAUGUCAUAGGGUCUAGGGCUAUGUCAUGGGAAGACUAGGGAACUAUGUCGUUGGGUCUUCAUAAUAAAGUAAAACUUCACUGGGGCUGCACCCACAAAAAGUUUGUUUAAACAUAUUUAUCACUGUUGUAUCCGUUGAUCGAUGAGUGCAUUCAAACCUGGUGACUUAGUUGAAAACAAAAAAAAAACAACAAAUAUAUAUUACAGACACAGCCUUUUAUAAUGACCAUCUUCAAACUUAAAGAAACUGAACAAUGAUAGAUGUACAUAAGUAUCUAGAGCUAAAAUUUGAUUUGAAAAGAUCACAAAUAUGAUAAAUAUUUUUCCUUUGUAUGAAUGAGUGAUACUUUGUAAUAAGAUAAGAUGCUUUGUAAUAAAAUAAGAAAAGAUACUUAAUUGAUCCAAAUAUAUUAAAAUGUUUUUUGAUUACUUUGUACAUAUUCAUUUUGCUUCGAGCCUUUGGGGAUGAAGCGUGAUUUUUUCAAAUAAACGUUAUUAUUAUUAUUUUCAGCACAUAAAUAAAUACAUAUUUAAACCAGGACAACAUUUUACAAUUAUAACAAUUAAAACACAAGACAUCUGAAAUAUUGAAAAGACCAAAAUAAGACCAACAGAUUUUUUCAAAUAAAUAUCAGGUGUCCUAGUGUUUUUUUGCCAUUAAUUGUAUCAGCUUUUUUUAUGAUUAGAUCCUUACUGUAUCAGUGAUGUGAUGAUUGGAUCCCUGCUUUAUCAGUGAUGUUAUGAUUAGUUCCUACUGUAUCAGUGAUGUGAUGAUUGGAUCCCUGCUUUAUCAGUGAUGUUAUGAUUAGUUCCUACUGUAUCAGUGAUGUGAUGAUUGGAUCCCUGCUUUAUCAGUGAUGUUAUGAUUAGUUCCUAUUGUAUCAGUGAUGUGAUGAUUGGAUCCCUGCUUUAUCAGUGAUGUUAUGAUUGGAUACCAAACUGACUGUACAAAAAAAUCUCUAUGAAGAUCUGAUGGUAACUUAUUUUAGUAUUUCUCUUACAGGCAAAGUGUUCCCUAAACUCCGUCGAAAGGGUAGUCGCUUGUCCAGCAGCAGCAGCACCAGCAGUGGAAGCACUACCAGCAUGGAUGAAGAAGAGGCUGCUGACUAUGUCUUUAGGAUCAUAGCCUCCUUCAAACCUGACAUGCUAAGUAAGUCCCUAGUCUCUAUCAAACCUGUCAGGCUAAUUAAGUCCAUAGUCUUCAUCAAACCUGUCAGGCUAAUUAAGUCUAUAGCCUCCAUCAAACCUGUCAGCUAAUUAAGAAUAUAGCCUCCAUCAAACCUGUCAGCUAAUUAAGCCUAUAACCUCCAUCAAACCUGUCAGCUAAUUAAGCCUAUAGCCUCCAUCAAACCUGUCAGGCUAAUUAAGCCUAUAGCCUUCAUCAAAUCUGUCAGCUAAUUAAGCCUAUAGCCUCCAUCAAACCUGUCAGGCUAAUGAAGUCCAUGAAAGUGUUGGGAUGGGAAGACAUGUGAAAGUGUUGGGAUGGGAAGACAUGUGAAAGUGUUGGGAUGGGAAGACAUGUGAAAGUGUUGGGAUGGGAAGACGUGUGAAAGUGUUGGGAUGGGAAGACGUGUGAAAGUGUUGGGAUGGGAAGAUGUGUGAAAGUGUUGGGAUGGGAAGACGUGUGAAAGUGUUGGGAUGGGAAGACGUGUGAAAGUGUUGGGAUGGGAAGACGUGUGAAAGUGUUGGGAUGGGAAGACGUGUGAAAGUGUUGGGAUGGGAAGACGUGUGAAAGUGUUGGGAUGUGAAGACGUGUGAAAGUGUUGGGAUGGGAAGACGUGUGAAAGUGUUGGGAUGGGAAGACGUGUGAAAGUGUUGGGAUGGGAAGACGUGUGAAAGUGUUGGGAUGGGAAGACGUGUGAAAGUGUUGGGAUGGGAAGACGUGUGAAAGUGUUGGGAUGGGAAGACGUGUGAAAGUGUUGGGGUGGGAAGACGUGUGAAAGUGUUGGGAUGGGAAGACGUGUGAAAGUGUUGGGAUGGGAAGGCGUGUGAAAGUGUUUGGAUGGGAAGACGUGUGAAAGUGUUGGGAUGGGAAGAUGUGUGAAAGUGUUGGGAUGGGAAGAUGUGUGAAAGUGUUGGGAUGGGAAGAUGUGUGAAAGUGUUGGGAUGGGAAGAUGUGUGAAAGUAUUGGGAUGGGAAGAUGUGUGAAAGUGUUGGGAUGGGAAGACGUGUGAAAGUGUUGGGAUGGGAAGACAUGUUAUUUCUUAUUGUUUUUUUGUUUUAUAUAUCCAUCCUUCUUUCUUUCUUAGGACAUGUUAAAAUAAGUCUGAGUUUAUCUCUUUAUCACUAACUUUCAGCAACUUUUUGAGUCCCUUCAAUAGCCUCAGCAUUAAAUAAUAAUUUAUUUCGACUUGUUUUGAAAGCCUGGUUUCUGUUUGACUUACUGAUACUAAUUUCAAGGCUUAUAGGAGUUGUUUGCUAUUCUAUAAUCUUUAAAAUUAAAGGAUCCAGAUUUUACACACACACACAAAUUCAUUUUAAGAAAAAUGUGGCCUUAUUAUCCUAGUGUUCUGGUUUAUGAAUAAUUCAAAUUACAUUUAAGUGUGUCCCUCUUGUAAGGAUGCAGUGGGUCCCAAUUCACACACUUAUUACUAAGUAUAAUAAUUAUAGCCAAAGAACAGAUAUCUUCCAGUUAACUUUAAAUUGAAAUAGUUAGCGAUGAACUAAAGCAGGCCUGCACAACAUAUGGCACACCAGCAGCCACUUUGUGGCCCGCAAAGCAACGAAAUAUCCUUUAUUAUUAUUUUCUUCAUAGCUUUCCCCCUGUCCUAUUUUCUAUCGACUCGCACAAGAUUUUCAUAAAGUAUUACGGCCCUCCUUUUAUUUUGAGUUGUGCGGCCUGACCUAAAGGAAUAUUAUAAACAUCUCUUAAUUCUUUUAGUUUUUUUUUUUUUUUAUUUAUAAAAUAAUUAAAUACCUGAGUUAUAAAUGUUUUUUUUAAAUUUAUUUUGAGUUUUGUGGCCUGACCUAAAGGAAUAUUAUAAACAUUUCUUAAUUUUUUUAGUUUUUUUUUUUUUUUAGUUAUAAAAUAAUUAAAUACCUGAGUUAUAAAUGUUUUUUUUAAACUGUCCUUCUAAAAAACAUUUACUUGUUAUUUAAUCACAAAUACUGCAGCUUACAAAAAAUAUUUACCAUAGAUACUUGGUUCUCUGGCAGCAGACUGAACAUUAAAAAAAAUAUUUGAAUUCUCGCUUAAAUUAUUUUUUCCUCAUAUGUAUUGCUUGAUCUCAAUUUUCCAGCACCAGAAAUGCUCGACCCAAAAGCCCCUUGGGCCCCCUCCUCACCACGAUCCCCUUCCUCACCUGAAAGAUCACCGUGGCCGGUUCGUCGACAGCUUCCUCCCAGCCCAUUGGUCAGAACGUCUGUCCAGUCCUAUGCACGUACACAGGAAGAACAGAACAACACGUGUUUGGUUCAGGCUUCCAACGAUGGCACCCAUAGGUACUAUGGCUAUAUGUACGUAAGUGUUGUACAACUAUGUUUGGUUUAUUGCUUUGUAUGUGUUACAAUUGAAAAACAUAUUGUUUCGUUGUUUUUUUAUUUGUGAGGAAUGCAUUGUUCGUUAUACAGUGGUGUUUUUUAUGACUUGCUUUCUGCAGUGAUUUGGAAACUUGUUCUUUUCUCCAUGUUUGAUAAAACUUAUAUUACUUUUGGUUUCAUACAUCUCUCUAGACCAGUGUUUCCCAAAGUGUGGUGUUGUACCCCUGGGGGUAUGGGAACAGUUUGGUGGGGGUAUGCCCUGCAAAGGGAAAAAAAAUUUUUUUUCAUGGUUAUUGAAGUAUAUACCAUUUUUUUUAAACGAGUGGUAUUCAGGGUUACGAAAAUUAUAGUCAGGUGUACACAGAUGUCGAAAUUUAGGGAAACACUGUUCUAGACUGUGAAAUGAUGUGAGUCAUGUUGAGUUUUGCCAGGUGUCUGGGCACAUAACCGUGUACCAAUACAUGUCAACUUCACAAAUUACUACUAGCUUACAGCAUGAGUAAUUUAUUUCCAUUUCCCCACCUAAUGAUUUAUACUAUAGGCGCGACUGAAUAUCUGUUUCGGUGCCAAAAGUUGCCAUAUGAUCACUUUUGGCGUAGUUUUGGUUUUGGCAGAAACAAAAGCUUACUUUCGGUUGAUUUUACGUUUCAGUCGAAAGUGAUUUAGGCUUUCGGUAGCUAGCAGAAAUCAGACUAUCACUCUGUCUGUUGGGCGGCAACCUGAUAUUUAUUAUUGCUUGACAUCUCGUUGUCAUAGUAUGAAAUAUGACCAAUCCUCCACAAGCACUGCUCACAGCUGCAUGAUGAUCUAUUUGUCCAAUAAUCCCAAAAAAUAAAAUUACAUUUAGGCUUAGGAAACGUGGGAAAAAAAUAACUAAGGGAAUGGUAACAUUUCUAUUGUUAAUUUUGUUUUAAAUUAAAAAAAACUAAAACUAAAUGAAAUUCGGGAAUCCUAGGUUUAUUCAAUUCAUUUGUUUAUGACGUUCAUUUUGAUUGUCAUUGGCAACUGUAAAUAAUAUGAAGAAACUGUAUUUUCUGAACUGCAGCAUUCGUUUGUUUGAGUUCAAUUACCAACCAAUUAACACUGAAGUAAUUGCCUUUUAGAGACCCAUACUGCAAGUUUAGGAUCUUAAAUUUAUUAUUUCUGGAUUACGGAUAGCUUACUAAUUAUAAAAGUAUUGUUGAUAAUUUUGAAUUUUAUAUUGCAUCAUUGUUUUACGACAUAGUUUUUAAAUCUUGUGCUGGGUUAAAUAUCUUUUGGUGUAAGUGUUGGCCAAAAGCCCCUUUAAGGUUUUGGUUUCAGUUUUGGCUUUGGUUUUGACUUUUGGUUUGUUUUUUGGUUUCUGCCUAAACCCGAAAAUCACAUUCGGUCAGUCUCUGCUUUAUACUUUAGUGUUUCAAACUCCCUCUUGAUGAUAACACUUCUAUACACCCAACUCAUGAUAUAGUGUUGAAUCUUCCUCUUGAUAUGUUGAUGAUAUAGUGUUAAUAUCAGUUCUUUACAUUCAACUCAUGAUAAAGUGUUAAAUCUCCCUCUUGAUGUGUUACAGUACUGUACACCCAGCUCAUGAUAUUUUGUUAACAAUGGUACUGUACACCCAGAUCAUGAUAUUUUGUUAACAAUGGUACUGUACACCCAGCUCAUGAUAUUUUGUUAACAAUGGUACUGUACACCCAGAUCAUGAUAUUUUGUUAACAAUGGUACUGUACACCCAGAUCAUGAUAUUUUGUUAACAAUGGUACUGUACACCCAGAUCAUGAUAUUUUGUUAACAAUGGUACUGUACACCCAGAUCAUGAUAUUUUGUUAACAAUGGUACUGUACACCCAGAUCAUGAUAUUUUGUUAACAAUGGUACUGUACACCCAGAUCAUGAUAUUUUGUUAACAAUGGUACUGUACACCCAGAUCAUGAUAUUUUGUUAACAAUGGUACUGUACACCCAGAUCAUGAUAUUUUGUUAACAAUGGUACUGUACACCCAGAUCAUGAUAUUUUGUUAACAAUGGUACUGUACACCCAGAUCAUGAUAUUUUGUUAACAAUGGUACUGUACACCCAGAUCAUGAUAUUUUGUUAACAAUGGUACUGUACACCCAGAUCAUGAUAUUUUGUUAACAAUGGUACUGUACACCCAGAUCAUGAUAUUUUGUUAACAAUGGUACUGUACACCCAGAUCAUGAUAUUUUGUUAACAAUGGUACUGUACACCCAGAUCAUGAUAUUUUGUUAACAAUGGUACUGUACACCCAGAUCAUGAUAUUUUGUUAACAAUGGUACUGUACACCCAGAUCAUGAUAUUUUGUUAACAAUGGUACUGUACACCCAGAUCAUGAUAUUUUGUUAACAAUGGUACUGUACACCCAGCUCAUGAUAUUUUGUUAACAAUGGUACUGUACACCCAGAUCAUGAUAUUUUGUGAACAAUGGUACUGUACACCCAGCUCAUGAUAUUUUGUUAACAAUGGUACUGUACACCCAGAUCAUGAUAUUUUGUUAAGAAUGGUACUGUACAUCCAGCUCAUGAUAUAGUGUUAACAAUGGUACUGUACACCCAGCUCAUGAUAUAGUGUUAACAAUGGUACUGUACACCCAGAUCAUGAUAUUUUGUUAACAAUGGUACUGUACACCCAGAUCAUGAUAUUUUGUUAACAAUGGUACUGUACACCCAGAUCAUGAUAUUUUGUUAACAAUGGUACUGUACACCCAGAUCAUGAUAUAAUGUUUAUAACAUUUCUGUAAACCCAGCUUAUAAUAUAGUGGGGUCACUUGCAUGAAAAAGCCUUGUUGAACAAAAACAGACACAAAUGGGGUCACCUGAAUGACAAUGUUUUUGACAGCUUCAAUAUUUACAGAUUAGGCUUUACUGGCAUUACUUGACAUAGAAAUAUUGACAUGACUUGACAAAGACAGCAAGUCAUCUGCCUUUAUUUGUUAUAAUGUUAUGCUGCCAUCAUUGAACUUUUUCUAUUUGAAAUGUGAAUGACGCUCCAUUUUUUUGUUUGUUUAAAAAAACAAAAUUUAGUGGUUGACAUAGUUUUGGAAUUGAUCGUAAUCUUGGUUCUAAAAUGGAAUGCAAUCAAAUAACAAUCAAGGAAGUCUUCUGUAUAUUUUCUGUCAUUCUUGAUUGAAGCGUUUAAAGUUGGUCUAAUAUGAUGUAUACACUGCAUGUUAUGCUUGUGUUUUAUUUGAGUUGAAAACAUCUCUUGUUAAGUUUUGUAUGGCUUGACAAAUUAUUGAAUACGCGUUAGUUGCUUUGUAAGAUACACUUUAAAAUUAAAAUAAAAACUAAAUAUGUAAAAGUUAUAUAUAUAUUUAUAUAUGUGUAUAUAUAUAUGUAUUGAGCCAUCUCAUUAAAAUAUUUAAUGUUUUUUUUUAAUUUAAAGAAAUAUCUUGAAAAAUUAUUAUUAUUUUUUUUUUUAAUAUAACUUUUUUUGAUAUAUGAAUUUAAUAAGUUUGAGGAAAAAAAAUGGUUUAAUUUUGCUAAUGAAGCCCAUGUCAAUGGAUCUAAAGGGGUUCAUUACAAGUAAUGUGCCAUUGAUUUUAUUUGCUCUCAGUUGAUUGUAUUCAGUUUCUGCAUUAAAUAUAAAUGUACAUUUUUGCCUUUAGGAACCAUAUCAAGCAGUUGUGUGAUAUUAUGACAAAACAAAUUAUAUCUCGAGCUUUCUAUGGAUGUAAGUAGACAAUUUGUUGUUGGAAAUAAUUACCUCGUCACAUAUGGGUUAACACCAGUUUUGUUGAUGGAAAUAAUUACCUAGUCACAUAUGGGUUAACACCAGUUUUGUUGGUGGAAAUGAUUACCUAGUCACAUAUGGGUUAACACUAGUUUUGUUGGUGGAAAUAAUUACCUAGUUUUGUUGAUGGAAACAAUUACCUAGUCACAUACGGGUUGACACCAGUUUUAAACCCAAGAACCCUUGGACCAGAUAAGAGAGACAUCCCUUAAGACACCUAGGAGGUUUGUGAAGUUAACAUAUAUUUAAUGUAAUAAAACAUUGGAUAAAUAACUAUUUUGUAAACAUGGAUCAGAGAGGUGGAUUUUUCCCUGGUCAUAAAUUGCAGACCUGUUUAGUUUUACGAUUUUGGCGUACAAUGUACGAUUUUGAGGUGUAUAUAUCAUAUAUACUGUAUGGUUAUAUCUUACUAUAAAGAUAAUGUAUUGAACGAUUUUGUCGAUAUUGUAUGAUUUUAAGUGUUUGAGGGUAAACCGGUCUGAAAAUGUCAUUUUUUUCAAUCAACAUUAAAUUGUGGGAUGCGGGUAAAUAUCACCUAUAAAUACCUUAUGUGUGACUGACUCUGCCGUAGUAGUAUUUAUAAUUCAUUUGUGACUGACUCUACUGUAAAGUAUUAUUCUUGUGUGACUGACUACUGUAAUUGGGUUAUUAUUGUGUUACUGCCCAUUUACUGACAUUGCUGUUCACUUACUGCCUGUAAGGGCUGGCCCACUGCAGACACCUGAAAACAGUCCGCACCCACCUGUCAGGACUUGUCUACCAUGCUGCUGUGUCUGAGGAUAGUCCAUUAGAUGGCAAGGUGGGCGUGACAGCUGAAAUGUGGAGUCAGUUGUGUCAGGAUGGCAUCGUGAGUUACCUUCUCUUGUAUUAUUAGGGGCCAAAGUUUAAAACACUUGGAUUAGUAAUAUACUUUAAUUAUUAAAGUUAUUGUGACUUUGGCCAUCAGUGAAGUAUAAUGGGAAUUUUUCAGGGAACUUUAUUGUGACUUUGUCAGUUGAGGAACUAUAUCAUGACUUUGUCAGCAAGGAAACUAUAUUGUGACCUUUGAAGGGAACUAUAUUAUGACUUUGUCAGUUAGGUAACCAUAUUGUGACUUUUUCUUUCAGGUAACCAACUCAUCUGAAGUCUAUAGAUUGGUCUACUUUGGUGGUGUUGCUCAUAAUCUCAGGAAACAGGUUUGUACAGUUAGAUAUCCCAAUUCCUAAUCUUUUAAAUAGUCAGUGAUUUUUUAAAAAAUAACCAAUCAUCCAGCAUCUUUAUUUAAAUUAACCCUAACCCAAGAAAUACUUAGACAUAUUGACAUGACCUAGACGUUUCAUAUUCAGUCAGACAUUUUCUUGUUCUCUAGAAAUUUAAAAAAUAUUUUUAAUUAAAAUUAAAGAAAACAAAAAAAAACAACUUAACAUUUUGUUUUACAAAGUUCAGUUUUCCAGGUUAAGUCAAAUGAAGUUAAGUAGCAGGCUUUGCAUCAACAAACAUGAGUAGCAAGCUUUGAGUUAACAAACAUUAGCAGCAGGCCUUGAGUCAACAAACAUUAGUAGCAAGCUUUGAGUUAACAAACAUUAGCAGCAGGCCUUGAGUCGACAAACAUUAGUAGCAAGCUUUGAGUUAACAAACAUUAGCAGCAGGCCUUGAGUCGACAAACAUUAGUAGCAAGCUUUGAGUUAACAAACAUAAGUAGCAGGCCUUGAGUCGACAAACAUUAGUAGCAAGCUUUGAGUUAACAAAUGUGUUUUGAUUUAGAAUUCUAAAAUUUAACUGUUUUUUUUCCUGAUCAGAUUUGAAUUGUGUAUUCCAUCAUCCUAAUCUAAAUGACCACCACUUGUUUGUAUGUUGCCUCAGGUCUGUCCAUGGUUUAUUCCAUACAUCCGAAUCUAAAUGACCACCACUUGUUUAUCUGUUGUCUCAGGUCUGGCCAUAUCUUCUGGGUCAUCAUAAGUUUGGCAGUUCACCAGAGGAAAGAGAAGGGUUGGAACAAGCAGUCAGGACAGAGUACGAGAAGGUCAUGUCCGAGUGGUUGGCUGUGGAGGCCAUCAUACGCCAGCGGGACAAGGAAGUUAUAGCGGCCAAUCUGGUGAAACUAUCACAGGAGAGCACGGACGGUCACAUCCCACUGGUCAGAAAGGAUUCCAGUUUGAGCAAUGAGGUGAGCGACCACCCAUCUGUAUAACAUUGACCAAGCACAAUCUAUAGAACUAUUUGAAACAGAUGUAAAUAGAUAUGCUUUUUUUUUUUUUUUCGUCACAGAGUUUAUGCAGGCAGUCCUAACUUUUGUAGAGGUUGUGCUUAUUGUUAAAAACACAGUGUUGCUAUAUGUUUCUAGAUGUAGCUUUAGGUCUUAUAUAUUGGUCUAGGCAGUGAAAGCAACCAUUUAUUUCCUAGGACUCAUUCUUCUAUUGUUUCUCACAUGUUAUCACUGACAAGAUGCUAGAUGUCUCUGUUGUUUAGAUGCAUUGUUUUGUACAUUUGAUAUUGUGCACUUCUAAAGCCUGGCUAGGACUGAGGACAAUGUUGUGAAUGGAUGUUUAUGGUAUUGUGGUGUGGUCGCCUAUGUUCUAGAGGCCGGAAGCUUUCGCGAUUCAGUAUCCAGCAGGCUUCUGGUGUAUGCCUUGUGCAGCUCCAUCUCUUUCUGUCUGCUUUAACAGCUGCAGCUCUUCAAUCCUAAUGGUUGUGUUUAAUCUUUAACAUUGAUUGAUGGUUCACUAUUAAUAUAUUUGAAAUGUAUCACGAUGGGGUUCAGUGCACCUGAGACACCAACAUCAGGAGAAUUCUGGGUAUGUUUGAGUUCAAUCAGGCGGAAUGGAAAAAAACAAAUGACGGGGAAAAAUUUAUGAGGAGGGCACAAGCUGACAUCAGCUGAUAAUGGUGGGAGACAUGUAUCAGGAGGGCACAAGCUGACAUCAGCUAAUUAUGGUGGGAGACAUGUAUCAGGAGGGCACAAGCUGACAUCAGCUGAUUAUGGUGGGGAGACAUGUAUCAGGAGGGCACAAGCUGACAUCAGCUGAUUAUGGUGGGGAGACAUGUAUCAGGAUGGCACAAGUUGACAUCAGCUAAUUAUGGUGGGGAGACAUUUCUAAGUCUGUAUUUUCCUAUAUUCUGGACCCAUGAGUAAACUUGUAAUUAUUUAAGUCUCUGUUUUCCUAUAUUCUGGACCCAUGAGUAAACUUGUAAUUAUUUAAGUCUCUGUUUUCCUAUAUUCUGGACCCAUGAGUAAACUUGUAAUUAUUUAAGUCUGUUUUCCUAUAUUCUGGACCCAUGAGUAAACUUGUCUUUAUUUAAGUCUGUUUUCCUAUAUUCUGGACCCAUGAGUAAACUUGUAAUUAUUUAAGUAUGUUUUCCUAUAUUCUGGACCCAUGAGUAUAUUUGUAAUUUUUUAAGUCUUUGUUUUCCAUACAUUCUGGACCCAUUAGUUUACUUGUAAUUUUUCAAAACAACAAUAAAACAAUGAUUGUACUGGCCAGUAUGGAAAAAAAAGUGCCUCUAUGAAACACUAUGAUCUCUAAUGACACACCAAGAGAUCAUUAACUCAGACUUUCAACAUUGGCCAGGUUUUUGUGUCCUUUGAAUCGGAGGAGUUAUCAAGACCAGAGACUGUCGUGGAAGAGAGCUCAACUGCUCGCACCACUCCAUCGUCGGACAGGAAAACCAGCAUGGAGCUGUCCAUCACAACAGGAAUAGACAGGGCUGUGGGGACAGAGACUCCUCCCAUGGUCGUUAAGAAAGGCAUUUCACUGCAGGACAGCCCAGAUGAUGGGCUCGGUGACUCUAUAGCACGUGGUGGCUCCACAACUACAGAGACAGAUAAGUAGGUCGCAGUAAAUAGGUCACUCUUCCCGGGUUAAACUCAGUUAUAAAGUUAAGGAUCACUGUGUAACUGACCAGGUCACUUAAGAUAUGGGUAUAUGGGGCUUAGACUGGGUGAUGCGUCAAUUAUCAAUUUCCAAUAACCGCUGCUUUACUUACAUAUGUCGUGAACAUUGGUAGUGGGAAAUGUAGAUCGAAGUACUUUAACCAUUUACCAUUAGAUGCAGGGUGUCUCAAUGAAAUGUCAUUUACCAAUAGGGUGUCCCAAUGUAAAAUAUGUUUAAAAAGUUCAUAUUCAACAUGACAUGCCCUGACUUUGUGUACACAAGCCCUGACUUUGUGUACACAAGCCUUGACUUUAUAUACAUAAGCCCUGACUUUAUGUGCACAAGCCCUGUGAAAACAUUAUUUCAACACAGCAGAUCCAAGACAGACUCUGUUGGAGACUCAGGGUUUCUAACACCAUUGACACCCAGGUCACUGCCUGCUGACGUCACCGACCGCAUCACCAUGACAACCAAGCUUUCAGUGGACAGUGCCGUGUUAGAUGAAGAAAAUGCAAAUACCCGUGUUGAAGAGGUCAAGUCUAGGACAAAUUCAGCUCUCGAUGAUGCGGACAGCUCCAGUAAACCUGACUCAAUGACCACAAGCAGGUCAAGCCUAGAACCAAGGGCAGCCCAGGAUUAUGAACCUGGAUUAGGUAAGCAUCGCUUGACAUGGGACUGAUUGGAUUGAUCUUUUUUAUAUUGUUAGACACAAGUACAUCAGCUGUGGAUCAUGGGUGAUAACAUGAGUUUUGAACUCUCAAUUUGUACAUCAGCUGUGGAUCAUGGGUGAUAACAUGAGUUUUGAACUCUCAAUGUGUACAUCAGCUGUGGAUCAUGGGUGAUAACAUGAGUUUUGAACUCUCAAUGUGUACAUCAGCUGUGGAUCAUGGGUGAUAACAUGAGUUUUGAACUCUCAAUGUGUACAUCAGCUGUAGGCACAGGGGUGAUAACAUGAGUUUUAAACUCUCAUUGUAUACAUCAGCUGUGGAUCAGGGGUGAUAACAUGAGUUUUAAACUCUCAUUGUGUCCAUCAGCUGUAGGCACAGGGGUUAUAACAUGAGUUUUAAACUGUCAUUGUGUCCAUCAGCUGUAGGCACAGGGGUGUAAAACCAUUGUUGUUUACAUUAAAAAGAACUUGUUUGUGUUGUUUACAAGUUUAACCGUAGUCUAUUACUCCUUUAGCCAAUCUAGAGCUUAUUUGUUUAGCUAGAGUAUUAUUUUUUUGUAUCACCAGAGGUCAGAGGUCACCUGUCAGCCAGUCGAGAAAGUCUACUCUCCCCUGCAUCUCCUGCUUCCAAUGGAGGGAUUUAUUCUGUAAGUUUUGUUGCUGGGCAAGUUUCAGAUGCUCCAUCUUGGGUUCUAGAAAAAUGCCUGGUAAUCCCUCUGUGAUCCUAGUUGAGCCGUGUGAACGUCAUUGUGUAGCACAUUAGUGAAUCUGUCUCACAGGAGCUUUCAGUCAAAGCUUUAGUGCACUGGCAUUGGUACUGCACUCUGAUAUGUUUCACAUGUGGCCAUUUGAGGAGAUUUUUGUCUUAUUUAACACAUGAAAUAGUGAUUUAUGCAAUUUGCCUGCUCUUUGACAAAUUGUAACUAAACCAUUUUAUGUUUUAGCGGGGAAACUGUAUGUGGUACUUAGUUUUUGCAUGAAGAUAUACCAUUACAUUUCACAACUGUCUCAUUCAAUACAGGACUUUUUAUGCAUUGCUACUCAAGGCUUUAUGGGCUUAUGUGAAUUAUACUCUCAAUAGUCCAUAUUAAGAUAAAUGAACAAUGUGAACUGUACACAUCCUCUUAAAUAGUGACAGUCAAAAGAUCAUUGUUAUUUAAAUUGAUAAAGCCCUUACUUAAGCAAAAGAUCAUUGUUAUUUAAAUUGAUCAAAACACUUACUUAGGCAAAAGAUCAUUGCUAUUUAAAUUGAUCAAACACUUACUUAGGAAAAAGAAAAUUGUUAUUUAAAUUGAUCAAACACUCACUUAUAUUUUAAAUAUUGCCUGAAUUGUUUGAUGACUUUUAAUGUGAUUUCUAUUGAUGUUUACCAACUCUUAAGUCAAUGAUAACUCUAGUCAGUAUCAACAAUUUAUUUAAAGUUGAUUAAAAAAAAAUAGUUGCAAAGGGAUUACAAAAUUUAGUUAAAAGGCCAUUCAAUUAAGUUGGCUGAUUACUGAACUAAUCUGCUAUUUUUUUCCUUUUCACUGGACCACAGUAGUUCUUUCUUUCUUUAUUUAUUUAGGCAUUUUUUAUAUAGCGCUUACCUUAAAGCUCUAAGCGCUUUACAAUUAUUAAAAACAUGUAAACUAAGUAAAAAUGAGACACUAGGAUAGUAACGACUAUACUAUAGAAACAAUUAAAAUGGCUAUAAAACGAGGACACUAUAUAUAUUCUAUGGAAUUACAGCCCAAAAUUCUAAUGAGUGUUGUAUAAGUUUUCUGUACAACACUUGUAUUUAAUGACAGAGUAAAAUAGCCCCAAUGGUCAACUAACAAUCAGCAAAACAACAGAUUUCUAUAAGCUGGCAAUACACAGGUGCAUUCCUCUUACAGCAGAUUUCUAUAAACUGGCAAUACACAGGUGCAUUCCUCUUACAGCAGAUUUCUAUAAGCUGGCAAUACACAGGUGCAUUCCUCUUACAGCAGAUUUCUACAAACUGGCAAUACUGUUGCAUUCCGCCUAUCUUAAACAAGAUCUCUAAACCGAGAUGUUUCAUUGAAGAGAAAUGUGUGACUUUGGAACAGCAUUAAUUGAGCAUGUAGUAUUAUGUCAGGAUGAACUGGUUUUAAAAAAACAAUACUUGUACAAUGAAUACAAAUUUAUUUCAACAUUGCCGAAUGGUUCUCAGGCCUAAAAUGAAUGUAACUACUAGACAUCAUCUUCAAGAUAUUUCAGACUACACAACAAACUUUUACACAUUUGACUACACAACAUUUUGUAAGAAGUCUGACUGCAGAAAAUAUUUAAGACUAUUAUCUUAUGUCUGACUGUUAUGUCAUGUGUUUUCAGGCUGAAUUGUUGGAUAGUGUGGCGCUAAACCUUCAUCGUAUUGACAAGGACGUACAGAGAUGUGACAGAAACUAUCAUUAUUUUAACUGUGAGAACCUUGACAAGCUACGCAAUAUUAUGUGCACGUAAGUAGUCACCAGAUUCCAUUGUUCUAUUCUAGAAAUCAGUGCAAAUUCUCACAUCUUAAAUGAAAUUUGUAUCAUAUUAAUAUUAGAUUCAGUUAGAAGCAGUCAUAGUGCCAUAUUAAUUUAGAAUAUAGGAUUAAUUUAAAUCAUUGGAUUAAUUAAAAAGACUAAACCAUUGGAUUAAUUUAAAUCAUUGGAUUAAUUUAGAACAUUGGAUUAAUUUAGACAUAAGAUUAAUUUAAAAAAUAAGAUUAAUUUAAAAAAUUGGAUUAUUUUAGAACUUUGGAUGGAUUAAUUAAAAAAAUUGGAUUAAUUUCUUCCCUGAGAUGGGUGUUGAUGUGUUUAGGCAUGUGUUUUCAGGUACGUGUGGCAGCAUUUGGAUGUUGGUUACGUCCAGGGCAUGUGUGAUCUCGUUGCUCCACUGUUGGUCAUCUUUGAUGAUGGUAAAGUUAUUGAUUAUGUUUCCAUAUUAGCUAAACAUAAACUGGCCUCAUUCAAAAGUGUUUUAUUCUUGUACUAGCCUCAUUCAAAAGUGUUUUAUUCUUGUACUAGCCUCAUUCAAAAGUGUUUUAUUCUUGUACUAGCCUCAUUCAAAAGUGUUUUAUUCUUGUACUAGCCUCAUUCAAAAGUGUUUCUAUUCUUGUACUAGCCUCAUUCAAAAGUGUUUCUAUUCUUGUACUAGCCUCAUUCAAAAGUGUUUUAUUCUUGUACUAGCCUCAUUCAAAAGUGUUUUAUUCUUGUACUAGCCUCAUUCAAAAGUGUUUCUAUUCUUGUACUAGCCUCAUUCAAAAGUGUUUUAUUCUUGUACUAGCCUCAUUCAAAAGUGUUUUAUUCUUGUACUAGCCUCAUUCAAAAGUGUUUUAUUCUUGUAUUAGCCUCAUUCAAAAGUGUUUUAUUCUUGUACUAGCCUCAUUCAAAAGUGUUUUAUUCUUGUACUAGCCUCAUUCAAAAGUGUUUUAUUCUUCUACGAGCCUCAUUCAAAAGUGUUUUAUUCUUGUACUAGCCUCAUUCAAAAGUGUUUUAUUCUUGUACUAGCCUCAUUCAAAAGUGUUUUAUUCUUGUACUAGCCUCAUUCAAAAGUGUUUCUAUUCUUGUACUAGCCUCAUUCAAAAGUGUUUCUAUUCUUGUACUAGCCUCAUUCAAAAGUGUUUCUAUUCUUGUACUAGCCUCAUUCAAAAGUGUUUCUAUUCUUGUACUAGCCUCAUUCAAAAGUGUUUUAUUCUUGUACUAGCCUCAUUCAAAAGUGUUUUAUUCUUGUACUAGCCUCAUUCAAAAGUGUUUUAUUCUCGUACUAGCCUCAUUCAAAAGUGUUUUAUUCUUGUACUAGCCUCAUUCAAAAGUGUUUUAUUCUUGUACUAGCCUCAUUCAAAAGUGUUUUAUUCUUGCACUAGCCUCAUUCAAAAGUGUUUUAUUCUUGUACUAGCCUCAUUCAAAAUUGUUUCUAUUCUUGUACUAGCCUCAUUCAAAAGUGUUUCUAUUCUUGUACUAGCCUCAUUCAAAAGUGUUUUAUUCUUGUACUAGCCUCAUUCAAAAGUGUUUCUAUUCUUGUACUAGCCUCAUUCAAAAGUGUUUUAUUCUUGUACUAGCCUCAUUCAAAAGUGUUUUAUUCUUGUACUAGCCUCAUUCAAAAGUGUUUUAUUCUCCUACUAGCCUCAUUCAAAAGUGUUUUAUUCUUGUACUAGCCUCAUUCAAAAGUGUUUUAUUCUUGUACUAGCCUCAUUCAUAAGUGUUUUAUUCUUGUACUAGCCUCAUUCAAAAGUGUUUCUAUUCUUGUACUAGCCUCAUUCAAAAGUGUUUUAUUCUUGUACUAGCCUCAUUCAAAAGUGUUUUAUUCUUGUACUAGCCUCAUUCAAAAGUGUUUUAUUCUUGUACUAGCCUCAUUCAAAAGUGUUUUAUUCUUGUACUAGCCUCAUUCAAAAGUGUUUUAUUCUUGUACUAGCCUCAUUCAAAAGUGUUUUAUUCUUGUACUAGCCUCAUUCAAAAGUGUUUUAUUCUUGUACUAGCCUCAUUCAAAAGUGUUUUAUUCUUGUACUAGCCUCAUUCAAAAGUGUUUUAUUCUUGUACUAGCCUCAUUCAAAAGUGUUUUAUUCUUGUACUAGCCUCAUUCAAAAGUGUUUUAUUCUUGUACUAGCCUCAUUCAAAAGUGUUUUAUUCUUGUACUAGCCUCAUUCAAAAGUGUUUUAUUCUUGUACUAGCCUCAUUCAAAAGUGUUUUAUUCUUGUACUAGCCUCAUUCAAAAGUGUUUUAUUCUUGUACUAGCCUCAUUCAAAAGUGUUUUAUUCUUGUACUAGCCUCAUUCAAAAGUGUUUUAUUCUUGUACUAGCCUCAUUCAAAAGUGUUUUAUUCUUGUACUAGCCUCAUUCAAAAGUGUUUUAUUCUUGUACUAGCCUCAUUCAAAAGUGUUUUAUUCUUGUACUAGCCUCAUUCAAAAGUGUUUUAUUCUUGUACUAGCCUCAUUCAAAAGUGUUUUAUUCUUGUACUAGCCUCAUUCAAAAGUGUUUUAUUCUUGUACUAGCCUCAUUCAAAAGUGUUUUAUUCUUGUACUAGCCUCAUUCAAAAGUGUUUUAUUCUUGUACUAGCCUCAUUCAAAAGUGUUUUAUUCUUGUACUAGCCUCAUUCAAAAGUGUUUCUAUUCUUGUACUAGCCUCAUUCAAAAGUGUUUUAUUCUUGUACUAGCCUCAUUCAAAAGUGUUUUAUUCUUGUACUAGCCUCAUUCAAAAGUGUUUUAUUCUUGUACUAGCCUCACUGGACAGACUUUUAUUUAUAUAUUUGUUUAAUGUUGCAUGUUUCCCAACUGAAUGAUGUCUGUGUCCUAACAGAAUCACUGGCUUACAGCUGUUUCUGCCAGUUAAUGAAGAGAAUGUCCUGCAACUUUCCCCAUGGUGGAGCAAUGGACACACACUUUGCCAACAUGAGAUCUUUGAUACAGGUCAGUAUAAUUAACAUGGGAUCUUUGAUACAGGUCAGUAUAAGUAACAUGAGAUCUUUGAUACAGGUCAGUAUAAGUAACAUGGGAUCUUUGAUACAGGUCAGUAUAAGUAACAUGAGAUCUUUGAUACAGGUCAGUAUAAGUAACAUGGGAUCUUUGAUACAGGUCAGUAUAAGUAACAUGAGAUCUUUGAUACAAGUCAGUAUAAGUAACAUGAGAUCUUUGAUACAGGUCAGUAUAAGUAACAUGAGAUCUUUGAUACAGGUCAGUAUAAGUAACAUGAGAUCUUUGAUACAGGUCAGUAUAAGUAACAUGAGAUCUUUGAUACAAAUUGGCACUCGCAACCUCUUUCCUACUUAUUUUUUUUUCCUCUACCUUCGUUCUGAAAUAAACUUCUGGUGCAAGAAAAAAAUACAAUAUUGUCACUGGGACCUAGGACAUGGAGUGGAUAUCUGCACUCUGUCCAUAUGAGCCAGUUGAGUGGAUAUCGUACUCUGUCCAUAUAAGCCAGUAGAGUGGAUAUCUGCACUCUGUCCAUAUAAGCCAGUAGAGUGGAUAUCUGCACUCUGUCUAUAUAAGCCAGUAGAGUGGAUAUCUGCACUCUGUCCAAAACAAAUGUUAAUUUUGUGUUAAACAAAUAGUUAUCUGUUACAGCUAUGUUUUAAAAAUUUGUUAAUAUUUUCAAGAAUAAAUAUUAUUUAAAUUCUGAUAAACACCACCACUAGGAGCAAAUACUUGGAAACCUUGAUAAAGCCUGAUUUAAAAUUGAAAGCAUUAUAACUUAAUCUAUGAUAUGGAUCUCUAUGUCAACCAGAUCCUGGACUCUGAAUUGUUUGAGCACAUGCACCAGCACGGAGACUACACACAUUUCUACUUCUGCUACCGUUGGUUUUUGCUGGAUUUCAAGAGAGGUAACCCACUUAAGAUUCUUGUUUAGAUAUUUGGCUAGCUGGAACUAAUGAAUGAAUAUAGUCCUGUUGAUUGGCUCUAAGGGGCAAUCAUUGUGACAGUUGUCAAUGAGACCAUGUCUAAUCUGAUCCUUCUUAUAUUGAUUUUACUCUUCUAAUUUACUUGCUUCUUAUUUAAGUUUCAAACUCGAUUGUUUUGCCCCCACAGAACUCAUCUACGACGAUGUCUUUUCUGUUUGGGAAACAAUCUGGGCUGCCAAGCACAUGACUUCAAGCCAUUUUGUACUGUUUAUAGCCCUUGCCCUAGUCCAGGUGUACCGUGACAUUAUACUGGACAACAACAUGGACUUCACAGACAUUAUCAAGUUUUUUAAUGGUAGGUGGCAUUAAAUUCUUAAAUGGUAGGUGACACAUCGCAUUAUUAAAUGAUAUGUGACAUAUCACAGUAUUAAAUGAUAUGUGACAUAUCACAUUCUUAAAUGGUAGGUGGCACCUCACAUUUUUGAAUGGUGGGCGCCAUAUCACAAUAUUAAAUGGUAAAUGACAUCUUACAUUAUUUAAUGGUAAGUGACAUAUCACAUCAUUAAUGGUAUGUGACAUAUCAGAUUAAACUGUAGGUGACAUCCUACAUUAUUAACUGGUAGGUGACAUAUCACAUCAUGAAAUGGCAGGUGACAUAUCACAUUAUCAAAUGGUAGGUGACAUUAUUAAAUGGUAGUUAAUACAAAAUCCUCCCAAUGUCCUAGAAUUUAUUGUUUCCCAUAAAACACCACCCUAAACAAAAAAUCCUCCCAAUGUCCUAGAAUUUAUUGUUUCCCAUAAAACACCACCCUAAACAAAAAAUCCUCCCAAUGUCCUAGAAUUUAUUGUUUCCCAUAAAACACCACCCUAAACAAAAAAUCCUCCCAAUGUCCUAGAAUUUAUUGUUUCCCAUAAAACACCACCCUAAACAAAAAAUCCUCCCAAUGUCCUAGAAUUUAUUGUUUCCCAUAAAACACCACCCUAAACAAAAAAUCCUCCCAAUGUCCUAGAAUUUAUUGUUUCCCAUAAAACACCACCCUAAACAAAAAAUCCUCCCAAUGUCCUAGAAUUUAUUGUUUCCCAUAAAACAUCACCCUAAACAAAAUAUCAAACAAAUUAAUUUGAUAAAUUCAGAUAAAAUCACCUGGAAAAACACAGUUUUUUUUUUAAUGCAGCGUUGAAAUGUGUCUAACUAGAAAACAUGAUUUUUCUCAAUCCCUUCAAAAUGUGUUUUCUGUCAUGGUAUCUGGGUCUAUAGCUGAGACAAGUCAAAUCAUAGGGAAGACAACUGGGGCAAGUCACAUCAUAGGGUAGACAACUGGGGCAAAUCACAUCAUUGGGUAGACAACUGGGGCAAAUCACAUCAUAGGGUAGACACCUGGGACAAGUCAAAUCAAUGGGUAGACAACUCUUACCAUUCUCAUCUUAUAACAGAGAACUGUGACAAGUCACAUCAAUGGGUAGACAACUUUUACAAUUCUCAUCUUAUAAUAGAGAACUGUGACAAGUCACAUCAUAGGGUAGACAACUGUGACAAGUCAUAUAAUAAAGACAACUCUUAAAUUCUCAUCUUAUAAUAGAGAACUGUGACAAGUCACAUCAAUGGGUAGACAACUGUGACAAGUCACAUCAAUGGGUAGACAAAUUUUACAAUUCUCAUCUUAUAAUAGUGAACUGUGACAAGUCACAUCAUAGGGUCAUAGGGUAGACAUCUGUGACAAGUCAUAUCAUAGGGCAGAAAACUCUUAAAUUCUCAUCUUAUAAUAGAGAACUGUGACAAGUCACAUCAAUGGUUAGACAAAAGUGACAAUUACACAUCAUUGGGUAGACAACUGGGACAAUUACACAUCACAGGGUAGACAACUGUGACAAGUCACAUCAUUGGUUUGACAACCAUUCGUUAGCCCAGAUGCCAAGAUGAUCUUAAGACAACUAGUGUAACUUGCUGUAAUUCUGAAGCCAAUGCUAUUAAUAAUCCCAACAACAUGGAAUGCCUUUGGCUGAUAUCCUUGUAAAAAUCCUCUUUCCAGAAAUGGCUGAGCACCACAACACAAAGCAAGUGCUGAAGAUUGCAAGAGAGCUGGUUGCACGUCUACAGACUCUCAUCGAUAACAAAUAGCAGGACACAUCUAAGCCAAUUUUCAACACUGGUGGUUAUGCACCCCACAAUCUGGGGAUAGAAAGCCAAUGAACUGGCGAGACCUAAGAUCCGGGGAAAACCUACAGCUAUUUCAACAAUAUGCCAGCUUCUAGAUAUUCAUCCUUCUUAGUUUUUUUUCUACAGUUACAUCUUAGGAUCUUUUGUCCUUUCAUUUCAUUAUUAGAUCUUAUUUCAACUUUAUUAGAGCAUCCAAUGGCAUUAUUAUAUGUCCUGAUUGAUCUUAUUUCAACUUUAUUUACCAGUCAUCCCUG